GACUUUAAUAACUAAACACUAAAAUUGUUCUUCUUCUUCUUCCGUAUCUUCCUCACUCGAUUCACUAAACCCUAAAACCGUUCUUCUUCUUCUUCUUCGUCCGCAUUUUCCUCACUCGAUUCUUGGGCUCUCUCUUCUUCCAAUCUAUACUCAACUUUUCACUUUUCCGUCUAAUCAUUGUCUUCAUCACCAUCUCUCGGAGUUCCUCGAGCCGAUCUUGUCUUCAGUGGUUUAGAAAAUGUUUUAUCUUAGCGAGCUUGAACAUUCACUAAGAGUGCCUCCGCAUCUACUUAACCUCCCUCUCGAAGAUGCCAUUAAGUCAGUGCUUCAAAAUGUCUUCUUGGACAAGGUUUUAGCAGAUUUGGGGCUUUGCGUAUCUGUUUACGACAUUAAAUCAAUAGAAGGAGGCUUUGUUUUACCCGGUGAUGGUGCUGCGACAUAUAAGGUAGGUUUUAGAAUUGUUGUGUUCCGUCCAUUUGUUGGUGAGGUCAUAGCUGCAAAGUUCAAAGAAUCUGACUCCAAUGGCUUGCGCUUAACACUUGGAUUUUUUGACGAUAUUUAUGUGCCUGCUCCACUUAUGCCGAAACCCAACCGCUGUGAGCCUGACCCGUAUAAUAGGAAGCAAAUGAUAUGGGUGUGGGAAUAUGGAGAACCGUUAGAAGACUUCAUAAUCGACGAUUCCUGUCAGAUCAAAUUUCGAGUAGAGAGCAUCAGCUAUCCAUCAGUUCCAACUGAGCGAGCAGAGGACGCGAAGCCUUUUGCUCCAAUGGUGGUCACUGGGAAUAUGGAUGAGGAUGGUUUGGGGCCUGUUUCUUGGUGGGAUUCUUAUGAACAGAUUGAUCAAGAAGAGUGAGAGACUGAGACUUAGUCUACCCAUACUCGGAUGGAAUCAUAACCGGAUGAUGAUCAAGCCAGUUUUGAUGAAAACUAAAAAUAGCUUUCAAACUACUUUUUUUUUUUUUUUUAAUCCUAGCAUAGGUAUGUAGGAACGCAUAUUCUUGUUUCUCUGUAAUGUAAAAAAGCAAUGACACAAAUUAGGAAGAUAAAAAAAGACAUUAAUUACAAGA